CAGCGCCGCGCCACCCCGAGAGACUGCCAGCUAUAAGUAGUGCCAGCUUAGCAUUCUCUCCCAUCCAAGGUUUUUUUUUCUUCCAUUGGCUGCCGUUAUGUUCAUUAAACCGAGCGACGGUGAAAUUCAAAGCUAAAAGACGGGGUAGUUUGUCACAAGUUAAAUCUGUUCACCAGUCGAUGCCAGAAAUGAUUCUAACUUAAAUAUCGACCCACAAGUGCUUAAAGUCCUCCGUCUCUUUGGAAGCAAAGGAAAGCAAAAGCAGCAAGCACCUGGUGCGAUUUUCAAAAGGAGCUAUUUUGCCUGGUAGUGCAUCAGUGUUUAUUAGUUCUUGUUGCAGUGGCCAUUUUCUGCUCUUCCGUUUGACCCUGCUGAUACUUACGGUAGCAGUAAAGCUAUGAGACUGUGUGCUCCCUGUGAACAGAAUGAUGCCCAGAGUCUCAUUCUUGCUGCUCACAACCCUACUGGGAAUUCUGGGGAUCUUGUGUGUGGUGUUCACAGUCUACUGGACCCAACACUGGCUUGGUGGCUUUGCCUGGGAUGGUUCUUCUAAGAUGUUUAACUGGCAUCCAGUUUUCAUGGUAACAGGCAUGUUGGUCUUGACUGGUGCAGCAGUGCUAGUGUAUCGCGUGCCCCUCUCUUGGUCGGGGCCCAAGCUGCCAUGGAAGCUGUUGCAUGCAGGAUUGACCUUGGCAGCAUUCAUCCUAAUUGUCCUGGGACUGGUGGCCGUCUUUGAAUAUCACAACAAACAGGGCAUUGCCAACAUGUACUCCCUACACAGCUGGCUAGGGCUUGGCGCUGUGCUGCUCUUCUCCUGUCAGUGGGCCAUGGGCUUUGCGUCCUUCUUGCUGCCUUGGGCUCCCACCUGGUUCCGAGCCUUGUACAAGCCCAUCCAUGUCUUCUUUGGCUCUGCCAUCCUCCCUUUAGUUGUGGCCGCCUGCAUCUCGGGCAUCAAUGAGAAGCUUUUCUUCAAACUAACAAACACAACCACACCCUACUCUCAGCUUCCUGCAGAGGCAUGGUUUGCCAACAUAUUGGGGAUGCUGAUCCUGGUCUUUGGACUACUGGUGUUGUUUGCCCUUGCCAUGCCAGCAUGGAAGCGUCCAGAUGUGAAUUUCCAAGAUACCCAAGAGCCCUUGCUACAGGAAGAUAAAUGAAACAGCAAACAGGAAGGAUUGUGAUCCAGACCUGUGUGGUGGCCUGUUCUCCACUGAGAUCUUCAGCCGUUCUUGCUUCUGUUUUCAGUGCAAGAGUUGAAACUUUAAUUGUGGCAUUGAAUUGUCUGGUCUUCUGGGUACUUGAUUAAUUCCCCCCACCCCACCCCCGGCUUGCUCUUGUUGAGUUGCUGAGCUGCUGGAAAUCCAGGUAUCUCUCAACAAUUCAUUUCUUAGUUACUAUUGUGCCAUUAUGACAAGUUCCCAGAUUUUUGUAAUUCAUGGACUUAUUAGAAACCUAAAUUAUCAGAUGAAAUAAAGGAUUCCUUCUAAUUGUUUUACUGUUGGAUUUACAGGUGCUUCCACACUAGGUGUUUAGUGUGGAAUUGUCAUGCUUCAGGCAUUCACUUCUGAAUGGGGCAUCCAUACAGUACUGACAUCCAUGUAUUGUCCCUCCUGUGUUUUCUUGUGACUCUUGUCAGGUAUUUGUAUGUGUUUAAGAAAAGAAAAACAGCACAAUUCUGAAGGUGUCUGCGGCCUUAGCAAAUCCAUCUUCUUAAAGGGUUGGAGUUUCAAUGAGUGUGUCCAGAUGAGGGUCUACUGCUAUCAAUCAUGACUCUCCCAUUACAGUAUAAGCAGAAGUGCAACUGAUUAUCCACCUGUCUCUGGUGCUUUGAUGCAGUGUCAUUAUAUUUUGUCCACAUGGUGGCCAUGACAUAACCAUAGCUGCCAAGUUUUCCCUUUUCUCGCGAGGAAGCCUAUUCAGCAUAAGGGAAAAUCCCUUUAAAAAAGGGAUAACUUGGCAGCUAUGGACAUAACUGUAUGGAAAAGGUUAUAUCCUUCUGUUUCUUCACCUGUCGUUUGGCUGUCACACGUCUCCUUUUCCUUACAUUUUGAAGUGGGUGCUUCUUAGCACCAUUUUAACUCCCUGCUUUGUGAGCCCUCCUGUGUGACUGUGUUUACACAAUUAGCAUAAUUGCAAAAAAAACACCUUAAGUAAAAAAGAGUGCUUGCAGUUUACUUCCAAGUAAACAUCGUUAGAGAUCAGGCUCUAUAUCCCGUGGAUUUCACUUGAGAAUGACUAAUCCCUAAUUCAGUCAAUUUUAUAACCAGAUCCAAUUGGACAAUCCAGCGUAGUCAGUUCAACAACCCAGCUAGAAAGCAUGCUAAAUUGAUUCCCCGCCCCUUUCUUAUUGGUUGCAGUAUUUUACCACAGCACAAUUGUUAAUUUUUUUAAUAGAACAGGGACUGGAGCAGGCAUCCCCAAACUUCGGCCCUCCAGAUGUUUUGGACUACAAUUUCCAUCUUCCCAGACCACUGCUCCCGUUAGCUAGGGAUCAUGGGAGUUGUAGGCCAAAACAUCUGGAGGGCCGCAGUUUGGGGAUGUCUGGGCUGGAGGAUUGUGGCCUUGCAGGAUUACUGCUGAAACCUACACCUUGGUACUUGGAAGUUAGCACUACUCUAUCUUAAUGCAGUUUACUAAUAAAAUAGCUAACUGAAGUGUGUAGGUUAAGGUAACCUCAUUCUUCUUGUUGUUGUUGUUGUUUAGUCGUGUCCGACUCUUCGUGACCCCAUGGACCAUAGCAUGCCAGGCACUCCUGUCUUCCACUGCCUCAUUCUAGGGAACAAUUUAUUAAGGCUGAAAGCUGGUAGAAAGGAGGUGGGGUGCAGCACAUGAAAUGGUUUUUAAACCAGACGUACGUGGUGGCAGGCCUUAGAGAAAGGAGCAGUCAUCUCCAACAUGUCAGCUACCUUCCUCAGGGAAAACAACUCCCAGUGUGUUUCAUACGGCAAAAAAAUCUGUAUGUGCAACCUUAAAACCUUUUUUUAAAAAAUAGCUAUUAUUUAUUCAAAAGGAAAGUUACACUGACCAAAAUAAACGUGAUCUUGAG